AUGGAUUCAGAUUAUUCCUUUUCAUUAACAACAUUCAGUCCUUCAGGUAAAUUAGUUCAAAUUGAACAUGCUUUACAAGCAGCUGCCUCUGGUGGUUCAGCUAUUGGUAUUAAAGCAAAGAAUGGUGUAGUAUUAAUUACAGAGAAGAAAUUACAUUCAUUAGUUGAUGUAACAUCAGUUCAAAAGAUAUCAAUGAUUACAGAGAAUAUUGGUUUGGUUUAUGCAGGUAUGGGACCAGACUCUAGAGUUUUAAUUAAAAAAGCAAGAAAAGAAUCAGAGAAAUACUAUAAACAAUAUAAAGAAAAGAUACCAGUACUCCAAUUAGUUAGAGAAUUAGCAUCAAUCAUGCAAGAAUUCACUCAAUCUGGUGGUGUUCGUCCAUUUGGUGUGUCUUUAUUAGUAGCUGGUUUCGAUGAAAAAGGUCCACAUUUAUAUCAAGUUGAUCCAUCUGGUUCUUAUUUCGCUUGGAAAGCAACUGCUAUUGGUAAAAAUAUGGUUAGUUCAAAGACUUUCCUUGAAAAACGUUAUAGUGAUGAUUUAGAGAUUGAAGAUGCUAUUCAAACUGCUCUCAUUACAAUUAAAGAAGGUUUUGAAACUCAAUUAACUGAAUUCAAUAUGGAAUUGGCCAUUAUUGGAAAGAAUCAAGAGUUUAAGAUUUUAACACCAGCUCAAAUCAAAGAUUAUCUUUUAAAUUUGUAA